AUGCUUCGUAUUAGUUUUACCCUGAAUAACACCAACGAUGGAGAAAAUACUGCUGUCAACGAUAUACCACCACCCCUGUUAGACGACGAUCUUUCACGCGCACUCUACCAUUCUUGCAAGUUCCAAUCAAUCCUUUCACGCGACGAGAUUUCCAGCCUUUACGAGCGAGUCCGAAUGGCUUCGCAUUGCCUCGUCGAUUAUGAUAUUCAAGACGGCUCUCCAGUGCGAUCGCCCGCAGCGGAGUUUUCAGCAUCUGGUGAUACUGACUCGCAUGCGCCAGGCUUCAUUGAUCCCACUCUGAUACAGCUGGACAUCGGAACACGACAUCAAAUCAUCCCCGAGUCGACUCGAUCAGAGUCCCAGAAACCGUCAAGCACAAGAGAUCUAUUGGAUAAAUCCCUACAUCAUACGGAAGCGCGUGGUUCUUGCGCUUCGGAAAAAUACGGCAAAUGUGAACUUCCAGAGACUUCAUAUUGUCCUGAUGCGGCCGAUGAUUCUUCUCGGAAUGAGUUUGACUUGUUCAUUCGAGAAAUCGGAGGAAUGGAAGCAUCGGAAUUUUCACCGGAUUCAGGUCCAGAAUUCCCCCUAACGACCUCGGAUCCUCCAUGUGGCUUCCGACAGGAGAAAGUGGCGGCCAGUGGCCUGAACGCAUGGGCACUGAUAAAGACGAUCUCCCGGUCAUCACACCGGCAACUCGGACUUCUGUAUGCGACCCCGUCGAAAGGGAGAGUGACGACAGGUAAAACGGAUGCAGAAGAAGACGCACACCGAAACAGCCCAAAUAACGUAGCUUGUGAUAAUCCGCCGCUCGUCCGCGAGACUUCUGCGGGCGCUUCGAGUCCAGAUUUAUGUCCUUCUUACCCUACCCCUCAUUCAAACCCGCGAAAUACGCCAAUACUAGCCGGCGGAAGAGUGAAACGGUCGGAAAAAGUGACAUUAGAGGGAAAUUGCUCCGCGGAUCGAAUUGCCAACCAUUCCCAAAGUGGACGAUCAUUAUCGAAUCGACCAGCGGAAGAGGUUCCUCUCGAUGAUGCCGAGCAUUUUGACCCCCAGGAUUCAUUCUCCAACGACAGCAAUUUUUGGAAUUCGGAGAUUGAAUCUUCUAUAGGUGAAGCGCACGAUUUUUUGCAGGACACCUUGUCCGAUGUUGCAAGAAGUGGCACUCAGAACACCGUGAACCCCGAGUUGAAUCCAAAAGAUCCGAUAUCAGCAUUUGCUUCCUUUCCUGUCGACAGCAAUGACCAGCAUGGACUGUCUAAUCAUGAGCUCGCGGAUAGUUCCAUAGAGUCUCUAGGGUGCGAGAGCCGUGAUAUGCUACGUCACAAACGGAAGCUUCCCCCAGCCCUUGAACCUCAGUCAGCUUUGGCCCACAGGAACCUCAGGCCUCGUUUUGAGAAGGAUUGUAGUGAGAAACAGGCGUUGCAUUCUAGGGAAAACCCAAGGAUUGCUGGUCACACUUCUUUCAAUAGAGCAUUGGCGCCAUCGGGGGCUACUAUUCAUUUGAAAUCUGGACCGUCACUUCCUUCAAGGUCGGACAAAGAUGAUUGGAAUGGUCGGUUUUCUCACCAUCCUCUCCUGUCCGACCUUUCGUCAGACGAGAAGGAUGAAAUGGAAAGAAAAUGCAAUCGCAUUCUGCGCCCCGAUCUACCUGGAUUUAUGGAAAAGCACUCAAAAUCAUGGAAGUCGAGCGGAUUCUGGUAUUCCCCAUCGCUUGAUGUGCCCAACUAUCCCAAUAUAUCCUCCAGCACAAAAGGUCCUGUUAUUUGGAGGUAUGUGGAGGCGAUUGAGGCCGGAGAAGAAGCAUAUUAUCUCAAAGCCCGCUUUGCAGAUGUCAUUCUCUAUUUGGAACGAAACAAAUACUUUAAGCUGGAUCCUUUUAUUUUGUAUAUCCUAUACAACUGCAGGAGCACCCUAGCCUGUUGCAGCAAGUUCGACAAAAUAGUGGGUACACUGUUGACGGACGGCAAAUUCCCUGUACAGGUCAGCAAGAAGGAAGUCCAGCAGUGGAUCAAAGACUUCAAUGCUAUCCACCAGGAGAGCAUACCUACCGUUCACUGGCAGGACUGGAGCACCGAUGCGGUGGCGAGUAAGGCCUCAGAUUUUCUCUCUGCUCGUUUAAGCAACCGAUCUUGA